GUCUGACAGAGUCCAAUCUCAAACAUACAUAAACGGUACACACCCUUCAGCCAUCCUCAUUCCAAACAUAUCCCCUCUCAAGAAACCCAAACCUAUCCACAACUAAAGAACAAUCAGCAAAAAAGAAACCAAAAUGGUUCAAAUCCUCCCCCUCCUCACCCUCCUCGCAGCAGCAACCACCAGCGUGCAAGCCUGCAAACAGACCUGCAAAGUCUCCAGCAAAGGCAUUUCAUCAUGCUCCUACAAGUGCACCAACGCGUGCGAUUCCUACCCGACCAAGGACGCCCGCGAUGACUUCCUCGCGAACCUGCAGUCCGCGGGCCAUUCGUGCAACGCGGUGUCGACUAAUGGGGUGAAGUGUAAGAAGACGAAGGGGUUUGGGGACUGUGGGUCGCACCAUUGGUCUUGUGGGGAGAAUUGUUGAUUUUCUUCCCUUUUUUUUUUAUUCGCCCUAUUGUCUUUUGUUGUUG